GCAUAGUGGUGCUGAUGUGAGGAGUUGUCGCUACCGCUUGAGCGGAAUGUCUCAAGAUUCUCCGUAAAUAUGAGUGUGCUUUCGUUACUGAAACGGGGAGAGUAAACGUCGUGCGUAUUGGCUCAUCGAUAAAUUGCAUUGUUCUUCUCUAGAUUAUAGGGACUUGCUCCCUAUCCUUAUUCGUAGUGGUGACAGCUGCGGAAACACAAGUGUGUGAGGGAGGAGUGUGUGAGGGACAGAGCGUGUGUUGGCUCGGCGGUGUGGAGAGGAGAUGGCAGCGGCUAAGACGGCGGAUACCGCAGAAAUGCCUUGCUCUCGCGGAAAAAAGGAACGAUUUACGGCAACUGGUGGGUGUUGAAUCAAAGGAGCCCCGGAAAUCGCGUGAAAUUUGAUCUGUUGGAAUAUAUCAUCCCUGUGCUCGCAUCAGUGAACAAGUAUCGUUGAGCUGUCAAUCAAAUCACAUUGGAAUCGGGAGUGCAUGGCUCUGAGCUGGGCGGAUCUCCUCGCGAGGUGAUAAACGCCGGUUGAUAUGGAAAAGGUCAAGAUCGUCUCAUUUCAGACUUAUUGACCAAAAUAAGACUCAAAAUAAAGCGAUGACCAUAUGGUUGAAUGCUGGCUUUUGCAAUUGGUCUCUUUGAAAGUUUUUAAUAGAAAACGUAUUUAUUGCGCACCCCUUCCGAUUUGUGAUAAACUGUAUAGACCUCCCAUUCCUCAAUCUGGUGUAGCUGGGGUGUCUCGCACAUACAUGAUGCCACGCUCUUAUUCCCCACUGCAAUAGCCUACUAUGUUGUAGGAUUGUAAUAAGGCAGCGGCGAAGAUGAUGUGCGAGGUGAUGCCGACAAUAACCGAGGGGGACUCGGGUGGUCCUCCCAGGGGCGGGAGCACCCAAAACGGCGCCGACCAGGAGGCCAACUUCGAGCAGUUGAUGGUAAACAUGCUGGACGAGAGAGACAAGCUACUCGAAUCACUGCGUGAGACCCAGGAGACCCUCAUCCAAUCACAGACCAAGCUGCAAGGCGCCCAGCACGAGAGGGACGUGCUCCAGCGUCAGAUCAACGCAGCGCUGCCUCAGGAGUUUGCCACUCUGACCAAGGAGCUGAAUGUGUGCCGGGAGCAGCUGCUGGAGAAGGAAGAGGAGAUCUCCGAACUCAAAGCCGAAAGGAACAACACCAGGUUGCUGCUGGAGCACCUGGAGUGUCUGGUGGCUCGUCACGAGCGCAGUCUGAGGAUGACGGUGGUGAAGAGGCAGCCUCCGCCCCCGUCUGGCGUCUCCAGUGAGGUGGAGGUGCUCAAGGCCCUCAAGUCCCUGUUUGAGCACCACAAAGCCCUGGACGAGAAGGUGCGUGAGAGGCUUCGUGUUGCUCUGGAGAGAGUAACCACACUGGAGGGACAGCUAUCGACCACUACUCAGGAGUUAAACAUAGUGAAACAGAGAAAGGACGAAGAAUCUGUGGACAGAACAGACACAUCCAAACCUACCUGGAAGAGACUGCCAAACGGCUCCAUAGACGCCCACGAUGACGGGAGCCGGAGCGCUGAGCUCCAGGAGCUGCUUGAUCGGACCAAUCAGGAGCUGGCUCAGACACGCGAGCGCUCCGGAGCGCUCAACACCCGUGUGGCCGAGCUGGAGGCAGAGCUAGCUAACGCUCGCCGAGACCUGAGUCGCAGUGAGGAGCUGUCAAUCAAACAGCAGAGGGAACAUAGAGAGGCACUUGCACAGAGAGAGGAUAUGGAGGAGAGGAUCACAACCUUAGAGAAACGCUACCUGGCUGCUCAGAGAGAAACCACACACAUCCACGACCUCAACGACAAACUGGAGAAUGAGCUGGCCACCAAGGACUCCCUGCACCGGCAGAGCGAGGAGAAGCUGCGUCAGCUGCAGGAGCUGUUGGAGCUGGCGGAGCAGAGGCUGGCUCAGACCAUGAGGAAGGCCGAGACACUGCCCGAGGUGGAGGCGGAGCUGGCACAGCGGGUGGCAGCGCUCACCAAGGCUGAGGAGCGCCAUGGUAACGUGGAGGAGAGGCUCAGACAACUGGAGUCCCAACUAGAGGAGAAGAACCAGGAACUGGGCAGGGCGCGUCAGAGGGAGAAGAUGAACGAGGAGCACAACAAGCGCCUGUCAGACACGGUGGACCGCCUGCUCACCGAGUCCAACGAGAGGCUGCAGCUGCACCUGAAGGAGCGCAUGGCUGCGCUGGAGGACAAGAACUCUUUGAUUCAGGACCUGGAGAACUCCCAGAAGCAACUGGAGGAGUUCCACCACACCCGGGAGCGUCUGAUUGGAGAGAUAGAGAAGCUGAGGAAUGAGAUCGACCACCUCAAACGUCGUAGCGGGGUGUUUGGGGACGGAACACACUCACGGUCUCACCUGGGCAGUGCGAGCGACCUGCGUUAUUCCAUGGUAGAGGGUCAGGAUGGCCACUACAGCACAACCGUCAUCCGACGGGCACACAAGGGCAGGCUGGCAGCGCUACGGGACGACCCCAACAAGGUGUACCUGCUGUGUGAGCAGGACUACCCUUCGUUGCGUGGGAGUGUCAGUCACCUGCUCGGCAGCGACAUGGAGGCGGAGUCUGACCUGGACGAUGACGUUAGUUCCGCCCUCCUGUCUCCCAGCGGCCAAUCGGACGCCCAGACUCUCGCUCUAAUGCUGCAGGAGCAGCUCGAUGCUAUUAACGAGGAGAUCAGGAUGAUCCAGGUAGAAAGAGAGUCAGCAGACCUGCGCUCUGACGAGAUAGAAUCCCGUGUGAACAGCGGCAGCAUGGACGGGCUCAACGUCACGCUCCGCCCCCGAGCACUGCCCACCUCUGCCACUGCCCAAUCACUGGCCUCCUCCACCUCCCCGCCCAACAGCGGGCGCUCGACACCCAAACACCACGCACGCAACGCCAGCCACCAGCUGGGCAUCAUGACCCUGCCCAGUGACCUGAGGAAACACCGCAGGAAAGUAGCAUCUCCCACGGAGGUGAGGGAGGAUAAGGCUACCAUUAAGUGUGAGACGUCCCCCCCCUCCUCUCCUCGAAGCUUACGACUGGAGACCAACUUUGCCCAGCUCACAGGCAGCCUGGAGGAUGGCAGAGGAGGAAAGCAGAAGAAAGGGAUCAAGUCUUCUAUCGGACGUCUGUUUGGGAAGAAGGAGAAGGCUCGCAUGGAGCAGACUCUGGGGAGAGAGACACAGGCUGUACCUGCCAUAAUGCCAGACUUUGAGAUGAGCAUUGGAGAUACCAUGACUCUGGGAAAGCUGGGCACUCAGGCAGAGAGAGACCGCAGGAUGAAAAAGAAACAUGAGCUGUUGGAGGAUGCCAGGAGGAGAGGUCUGCCUUUCGCCCAGUGGGAUGGGCCUACUGUAGUCUCCUGGCUAGAGCUGUGGGUGGGCAUGCCGGCCUGGUACGUGGCGGCGUGUCGCGCCAACGUGAAGAGCGGCGCCAUCAUGUCGGCGCUGUCCGACACGGAGAUCCAGAGGGAGAUCGGCAUCAGCAACCCCCUGCACCGCCUCAAGCUGCGCCUGGCCAUCCAGGAGAUGGUGUCCCUCACCAGCCCCUCCGCACCACUCACCUCCAGAACGUCCUCCGGAAAUGUGUGGCUGACUCAUGAAGAGAUGGAGAACCUGGCUUCCUCCACUAAAGCGGAGAAUGAGGAGGGCAGCUGGGCUCAGACCCUGGCGUAUGGGGAUAUGAACCAUGAGUGGAUAGGUAAUGAGUGGCUGCCCAGCCUGGGGCUGCCCCAGUACCGCUCCUACUUCAUGGAGUGUCUGGUGGACGCCCGCAUGCUGGACCACCUCACCAAGAAGGACCUGAGGACCCACCUCAAGAUGGUGGACAGCUUCCACAGGGCCAGUCUGCAAUAUGGUAUUAUGUGCUUGAAGAGACUCAAUUAUGACAGGAAAGACCUGGAGCGCAGGAGAGAGGAGAGCCAGCACGACAUGAAAGAUGCGCUGGUGUGGACGAACGAGCAGGUGAUCCACUGGGCUCAGUCCAUCGGUCUGAGGGAGUACAGCACCAACCUGCUGGAGAGUGGGAUCCAUGGAGCUCUCAUCUCUCUGGACGAGACCUUUGACUACAGCAGCCUAGCUCUCAUACUGCAGAUCCCCAUGCAGAACACACAGGCGCGCCAGGUUCUGGAGCGAGAGUUCAACAACGUCCUGGCUCUGGGUACUGACCGUCAGCUGGAGGAGAGUGGGGAUGAUAAGACUUUCCGCCGUUCUCCGUCAUGGCGAAAGCGUUUCCGUGCGCGGGAGGGAGGGGCUGGCCUGGGGAUGAUGGCGGGAUCCAUGGAAACGCUCCCCGCAGGGUUCCGCAUGCCCUCCAUGUCCGUCCCUCCGUCCAUGUCUCUGGUGCCCAAGAAACAGCUGCAACCUGAAGCUCCUCCCCCGGCACCACAGAGACUGGACCCCUCGGCGGUGCGGACCUACUCAUGCUAAUUACACUCCACUCCGCUUACUAACAGGAGCACUGAUGCUAACAGUGCAUUCUCAUUACCUGUACGGACACAUGCUUGCGGCCUUUCGAGAGUGACAUGCCAAAUCUGGAGAGAGACCUGGUCGUCAGGGGGCUCAUCAAAUCCCCCCCCCCCCCCCCUGUACCCAGCCUCACCUCCCACCUCUCCCCCCUCACCUCACACCCGCCCUGGACACGUGCAAUACAAUUUAGAGGUGAACUGAACUCCCACCUUGGAACUCUUGAGCGUGCUCAUUGGCUGCGCUCGCUGCUGUAGAGGAGACUCCUCCCAGUCUCUCCCAGUAACCCCAGUGCUCCCAGUAGCCUUGUUGUUGUGGUGUAGUGCUUCUGCUCCUACUCCUGACCCCUGACCCCUGGUCCAUUCUGUGGGUUCUAGUCUUCAUCCUCCUCAUCAGCCUCAUCUGUGGAUUUGACUCUUAACUUGUCUAACUCUAAGGUCCAACUCCAGAUUGCAACCGUCACACUGUCCCCUGGACCUAGAGAAGGUCAGAGUGGAGAGGACAUCAGUAGGUCUAGAUGUCUGAGGGUGAUAGGUGUUGAUUUGGAUUCGGAUUGAACCUAUUGGGUGUGUCAAUGAAAAAUCACAAUACACGUUGCCCCCUAUCGGUUAUGCAAGGUACUACUCAUUAUCGUCUGUACAUAAAAUGGAUGACUUAUGUUUUUUAUAGAAAUAUAUAUAAAUAUAUAUAUUGGAAUUAUAUAUGGAGAAUAUUAUACUAUCAUUGCUGUAUGAAACCCAAUGCCCUGUAUUCGGUAGUGACUGUUCUCUUCCUGUGUUGGACCUCUGUGUGUCUUAUAUGCUGUCAGUGUGUGAACUGUUAGUGGGGGGAACUCACUAAGUAGGGGUGUGUUGGUGUGUGAAUACUAAAAGGACUCUCUACAGGUUCAAGGGUCCAAUUCUAUACUGUUCAGUUCCCUUUUCCUGCCACCUCUCCCAUUUCCUUACCUCCAUCCUUGUUUAGCACUAUGUAGCUCCUCCCUCUCCCCUUCGGCUUCCCUCCCCCUGCCUCUAGGUUGACAUGAUGUAGCUAACAUGAUUAGAGUAGAGCGUUUGUAGACGUGAGCGAGCCAGAGAGCCAGCAUAUGGGCCGUUUGUGAAUGAAAGCUCCAGUCUCUUAUAUCUGGGACUGGAGGCACUCUGCGUCGCCCCAGACUACCAGGAGUGUGUGUCUGGGGGUCUCUGUUUAGAUGAGUUGUGAGAGUGUCCACUGUAGCUGUUUCUGGGUGAUUCCGUAUUUCUUUUCUAAUCAAACUGUAAAUUGCUGCUUGGCACCAGCCAAUGAAAUCGACACAAAACUGGUCACCUGACACAGACAUCACAUCAUGUUUGGGUGCAUCCUGCCCCCACCCUCUUCCUGUCUAGUUGCCAUAGGGAUGUGACAGUGGCCAGUACUGUUCUCUGACUGUCGGGAUGCUGUGUGUGACCUGCUCCUGCUGUCCAAUGAGAGUAUGGUAUCAGUGAACCAGUGAAUUGUUGGGUGGGUGUAUUAUCUUUUUUAUUUGACAGACAAUGUUCUAAAGGUGUAAUGUGCUACUGUGGCAGCUAUGAGUACUGUAUGUGUAUUUAUUCCAGGUGUGAAAUGAUGCUGACAAAUCAAUACUUUAUUAUUUGGCUAUUUAAAUGAAGUGUAUUGUAUUUAUGACACUAUAUAGACAUAAGUAAAUCUGUUUUUUUAAGAUAAAAGUUGAAUGAU